AUGCUGCACGUCUAUUUCGCUUUCGUCAUUGCCUGGCUCAUUGUCGAUAUCGAAUGCACGAUCCGGUGGAACAAUAUAACAAACGUGGAUACCGUGAAUACAACCGGGCAGUUAAUCCCCCUUGUCGUGGGCUGUAUAAGUGCUGCCGACACUUUUAAGAGUCUGAUGCUAGUGCUACUUGGCAAUAAAUACCCGAGCUGGAAGCACACCACUCUAGAGGUGGAAAAUAGAUACAUCAUCGGCCCUGCAAGCUUUCGCAUUACGAAGAGGGAUGAAACGACAAGCAGAAUUGAAGAGUUUCCAGUUCUGAUUCAAGGCGUUAACAACUGGCCAUCUGAGGCUAGCGACUUUAACAGCUCACCGUACGACGUUGAAGGAAGAUGA